UUUGUACUCUGUGUGGCAGGAGAUUUUGUCAUUUGGGAUUAACCAAAAGAUUCUAAUUUUAAUUGAAAGUCUUUUUCUCCAUGCUAAGCAGUCCCCUGCUGCGCUCCUAGGCGCUGGGUGGUCUCGUCUGGAUGGGGAGAAAGGUUCUCCCUUAACACAAGCUAAAACAUCGUGGAGACAAGGGCUGCGUCAGAGGGAGGCUCUAACCCAGCAGGCCGCUGAAAGGAUCUACCUGCCAGCGAUCGGGUCUCGGCUCAGCGCGAAGGCAGGAGAAUGGAGAGGGAGAAUAUCUAUGAGAACCUGGGGAUGAUGGAAGCUGCUCCCCAGCCAAAAGGUAAGCACAAGAGGCUGCACCAGACCCUGGACUCCCGCUGGCCUUUCCUUGGCUUUGUGGUCUCUGCGUCAGCGCUCUGGGCAGCGAUCGCUUGCUCCAGUGACCACGUCCCCAGAGCUCAGCCUUGUGCUGGCUGGACAGCACCACGGGCAGUGGGCGAGGGUACUCGGUCAGUCCUUCCCAGUCAUUCUCUCCCCUGCCAGUCCCCAACGGGAGAAGGGCACAGGGAGGAGAGAUGGGAGUCCCUGCACAGCACCCUAACCUCCUGCUCGGCAGAGCAGUGGCAUGGGCUGGCCAUAAAAGCCAUCCAGGCUCCCCGACCCCAGCCCACUGCCACCAUCAGCCUCUCGCAGGAGGAGAUCGCCUGGGUCAAAUCCUCACAGCCCCCGUUUCUGGGGACCAGCUCCCUCUCAUCCACCCCAUUUCACAGUGACACCUCCUUUCCUUACCCUCUGCCCCUUCCCUGCCGGAGCACGUGCUUCUAUCCAGGAGCAGGGGUAGGGAGAUGCUAGCUGUGUGAGCAGAGAAGGGUUUUCCCCAGGGCUCGUGGACAGGGGGAAGGGAAUCUGUUCCUCCAAGGACCUCCAAGGAGCAAAUGGAGCUGGAAGUUCUGAGAUAAGGACCAAGCUGUUUUCCUAAAGCUCCCAGCACAGGCAGAGUGCGAAGAGCUACAAAGGGAUCUCACAAAACUGGGUGACUGGGCAACAAAAUGGCAGAUGAAAUUCAGUCUUGAUAAAUGCAAAGUGAUGCACCUUGGAAAACAAUCCCAAUUAUACCUAUAAAAUGAUGGGGUCUAAAUUAGCUGUUACCACUCAAGCAAGAGAUCUUGGGUCAGUGUGGAGAGUUCUCUGAAAACAUCCAUUCACUGUGCAGCGGCCGUCAGAAAAGCGAACAGAACGUUGGGCAUCAUUAAGAAAGGGAGAGAUAAGAAGACAGAAAAUAUCGUAUUCCCUCUGUAUAAAUCCAUGGUACGCCCACAUCUCGAGUACUGUGUGCAGAUGUGGUCGCCCCUUCUCAAAAAAGGGCAACAAAAAUGAUUAGGGGUACAGAACGGCUGCCAUAUGAGGACAGAUUAAUAAGACUGGGACUAUUCAGCUUGCAAGAGAGACGACUAAGGGGGGAUAUGAUAGCGGUCUAUAAAGUCGUGACUGGUGUGGAGAAAGUAAAUAAGGAAGUGUUAUUUACUCCUUCUCAUAACACAAGAACUAGGGGUCACCAAGUGAAAUGAACAGGCAGCAGGUUUAAAACACACAAAAGGAAGAAUUUCUUACCACAACGCACAGUCAACCUGUGGAACUCCUUGUCAGAGGAUGUUGUGAAGUCCAAGACUAUAACAGGGUUCAAAAAAGAACUAGAUAAGUUCAUGGCCGAUAGGUCCAUCAAUGGCUAUUAGCCAGGCUGGGCAGGGAUGGCGUCCCCAGUCUCUGUCUGCCAGAAGCUGGGAACAGGCACAGGGGAUGGAUCACUUGGUGAUUCCCUGUUCUGCUCAUUCCCUCCGGGGCACCUGGCCCUGGCCACUGUCGGAAGACAGGACACUGGGUUGGAUGGACCCUUGAUCUGACCCAAUCUGGCCGUUCUCAUGUUCUUCUAUUUGGUGGUACAGGUGUCAGCUGAACAAGGGCCUCCACCGGGGCUUUCUUAUCCCCUUUGGUCUCAGUGCAAUCCAGACGCCAUGUGCCAGCUGUUCUGAUUUUGAACACAUGAAAGAAGCCCAGGAAGGGUCUAGAGACAGGCAGGGAGACGGGGCUGACGGAAGUGGAGGGUGCUGGUGAGGACGUGAGGUUCAAUAUGCAGCUGCAGCUAGCCACCGAGCUCAGCUAGGCUCUCCGCAGCGGCAAAGGAAAACCCAAGGGGAAAUGUAGCCUGUGCUAGGUGACAGAGAAGCUCCUCCCAGAAUCUGUUUCAGUAAAGGCUGAGAACUGUAAACUUAGCACAUUAGUGAGAGGCAGCUUCACCCUUUGGUUAGAGUGAGAGAAGUCACUUCUGCAAUGUAAGGGGAUUAUCUGGGCACCUGAGUCUUGUCUUCUGGUUCGAGGAACCACACCCCAUGGGGGAGCACUGCGAGCGAAUGGCUGAGGCCCACAGACAGGGAGGGGGUGCAGCAGCCUGAGACUUUCAGGGAGAGGAGAAUCUGACAGUCUUGCGUCUCCAAGCAGCUGCUGUUCAGCUUGGGGAGACCAAAUCCAGAGCACACAGAGCACACUUACUUCUGUCAACACAGAGAUCCUGGCUCGAAUGCAGCUCUAGUCUUCUGCCUUUAACGUGCAGGGGAGACACAGACUUCUGGCUUUGCCCUGUGAGCCACCCCUUGGCUGCCUUGCAGUGAGGAGCCCAGCAUCCUGGGGAUGGGUUAUUAGACAGGGAUGCUGUAGAAAGGCCCUUCUGAGCACACUGCUGCUGUCAGCCCCACUUUUCUCCUGCAAAGAAUCAUUUCCCCUCAUUUCACUGCCUCCUUGUUUUGAUAUUUCGUAAGUUGUUUCAGGUUCCUUUUCUCAUUUAAAAAUACUCCUUUGGGCAUGGACUUCACAAGCCCUAAACUUCCCUCUCAAGAAAGGCUUAGACAGGGGGAAAAGCCUGCUUCCAGCUCUCUCUCACAGGGCGCCUGCCUGGCGCUACCGUCACCCCUGAUGUAGGGAGGGUGGCUUUUCAGAUUUAAGUUCAGGUCGGUUCUGACCUUAUUUGGCCUGAUUCUGCUGUUGCUGUUAACCACAGUCAGGGAACAGGAGGCUGAACAGUGAUUAGAUUUGGGGGAUGGAGUUUCCGUGGUCACUGGCAUUUGAGCUGUCACUUUCCACGGAUAUGUUUCUUCUUCUCCUUCAAGGAAAUCCUACCGAGACAUCGGUCCCUUGGCGGCGCGGGGCGGGGCGGAUCGUCACUGCUGGCCUUCUGCUCCUGACGCUUGUGGCCCUGGCCAGCUCCCUCCUUGCUGUGACGCUUCUAUAUUUCCGGGCACAGAGCAAGCUGCAAGCGGUUGAAGAAGCGGUGCAGAAGCUCCAAGUCUCUCUGCGGCCUGACAACGCCUCGGAUACGUCAGCAAAGGAAUCGGACAGUCUGCAGCUCCUGGACAAAGCGCUGGCAGGAGUCCGGAUGCUGAAAGCCCAGCUGGACAACGUCAGCGCAGCGCGAGCAGCAGAGCAGGGUCGCUGCAGUCAUGUGCUGACAAAGCUCUCCAGAGGCUGGAGGUUUCAUGGUGGGAACCUCUAUUUCUUUUCACAAGAAAAAAAGCCGUGGGACGAGGCCGAGCAGUUCUGUGUGUCUCAGGACUCGCACCUGACCUCUGUCUCCUCCCAGGUGGAACAGGAGUUUCUCUCCAACGAGACCAAGGGAGGAAGUCACUGGAUUGGACUCACCGACCGGGGGACAGAAGGCAGCUGGCGCUGGGUGGAUGGCACAGAAUUCAGAGCAGACGCAAGCAGGGGGUUCUGGGAGCAGAAUCAGCCAGACAACUGGCAUCAGGGGACAGGAGGCAGAGAAGACUGUGUGGAGAUCCGCCCAAGGCGGAAUGAUGCCAACUGCACUCUGCCUUCUAGGUGGAUUUGUAAGCAGGCCCAUGGACAGGCUGGGCUGUGACAUGCAGGUCCCAGCACCUCAGAAAGCACCUUUAUUUCCAAGCUAUGGAGCAUGUUUUCCAGCCACCUGCCGAGGAGGAGCCCUGUGCACUGGCGGGGGCCGCUUGGCAUGUGCAUUGCAGGGACGCUUUGUCUUGGUGUGAUAUUUCUGGCUGUAGCAGAGACAGCUGCCCUUAUGCCUCUCAGUGUGCAUGGCUCCGUAAUUUGUAUGUUUCCAGGUCUGUCACAAAAUAAAGUCCUUGGAUCAUAGAGUUAUUGUUUCAUAAUCAGCCAAUAAAUAAUUAUUUGCUUGA